AUGUGUCGAGCGUGCGUCGUGUGUGCGGCCGAGGCGGACGCGCCCCAACGGCACACUCCAAGCCCGUGGCCAUGGCCGGCUAAGCCUUGGUCUCGUAUACACAUAGAUUUUUUAGGGCCAAUUUUCAAUAAAAUUUACUUGGUAAUAAUUGAUGCCAGAACUAAAUGGCUAGAGGUUUUUUAUGUACCGAGUACAGCAGCUAGCCACACUAUAGUUAAACUUUCCGAAGUUUUUGCUAGGUGGGGUCUACCUAAACAAUUAGUAUCAGACAAUGGGCCGCCAUUUAUCAGUAGGGAAUUUUCUCAGUUUUUAACAAAUAAUGGGAUACAGCAUGUUUUCACCGCACCGUACCACCCGGCUUCAAACGGUGCCACGGAAAACGCAGUCCGCACUGUCAAGAAAGUUAUUAAAAAGGCAGUGAGGGAAAAUAAAGAUAUAAAUUUAUUUUUAAACACUUUCCUAUUGCAUUAUCGAAAUACCGAACAUUGUACUACGGGCGAAAGUCCCGCUUCUCUCAUGUUAGGAAGAAGAUUACGUACUAAACUAGACGUACUUAGACCGGAUAUUGAGAAUAAAAUUAUUAAAACUCAAAUAAACCAGAAAGAGAACACUCCCACUGGUGAACGUGGCCUGCAGCCGGGUGAGGAUGUAUGGCUUCGCCGUAAUCAGGGGAGUGACAAGUGGACAGCCGGACAAGUGACGCAACGUUUGGGCGUAACGGACUACAAAGUUUUAGACACUAUAGGUAAGGAGUCACAUAAGCAUAUAGACCAGCUAAAACGUAGAAUUAGGAGUUCACUGAUUUGUCCCCGUAGUAGUAAUAGUCAGCCAAAUUCGAGUUCCGAGUCGUUGUCUUGCACCGGUGCAGAGGAAAUUAAUGCGCCUAGAAUAAACCCUGCCGUAAAAGACACCGGGAGGAAAUCAAAAGCACCGGAGGGAACCGAAAUACACUACAGAACUUUGUAUAGAGCAUGA